CUAGAGUAAAGUUGCGAAGUGUACAGACGCCCUGUCUAUCCUUUUGUGGGAACUUCUCUCCCGGACCUCUCCACCUCAAAGCAGAGAAUGCGGACUUGGGUUUCAAUCAGCAUCUGCAGCUUCCAAGAGAAGAUCGCUUAUUAAUCCGAGGUGGCAUACAGAAAAGAGUGGAGUCCUGUGCUGUUUAUUUUUCUCUUUUCUUUGCCCCCCCUCCCCCCUGCUAGUUCACUUUUAGUUAGAGUCAACAUGACUGGCUGUGCGCUUGUUAGGGUCAUGCUGCUGAAAUGCUUGCUCUUGCUGAGUCUGAGUGGCUCCCUGGGCCAGAAGGACUGCACCGGCGUGGACUGCCCCGAGCUGGACAACUGCAUCGAGGAGUCGCUGGACAGCGACGCAUGCUGCGCCACCUGUGUGCAGAAAGGCUGCACCUGCCAGGGCUACCAAUACUACGACUGCGUCAACGCCGGCUUCCGCAACGGGAAGGUGGCUGAGGGCGAGUCGUACUUCGUGGAUUUUGGCAGCACGGAGUGCGCGUGCCCCGAGGGCGGCGGGCGGAUCAGCUGCCACUUCAUCCCGUGCCCGGACAUCCCGGCCAACUGCAUCGAGCUGUCGGAGCCGGCCGACGGCUGCAUCCAGUGCAAGCGCAUCGGCUGCGUGCACGACGAGCAGAAGUACGAGGCGGGCCACUCCUUCCACAUGGACCCGUGCCAGGUGUGCCACUGUCCCAACGACGGCGGGAGCCUCAUGUGCUAUCCGAUCCCGGACUGUGAUCCGCGGAAGGUCGAGAAGCCAAUGCUGGCCACCACGACCGAGGAGAACGCGCACGAGAGACUCUACAAUAACCCUCUGCAGUUCAUCUUCCAGCACCAGGGCCCGAGGGAUCACCUGUCCAAGCCCUUCCGGCCGGCCCAUGGAGACUCCCUCCCCGUCCACCCUCUCUUCACCCAGCACCCAAACAACCUCGAGGACGAGGAGGAGGUGGACUACGACUACAUGCCCACGGACACCCCGGGGCCGCCACUCCUAGACGUGGCUGCCCCCACCAAGUCCUCCAUCGUCUCAGUGUCCUACCCAGAGUCCUUCACUCCACGUGGGCCGAGUCUUUACAGGGACGUGAAGCAAGAGCUCAGAGAGACGUUCGCUGUUCAUCAUGAGGCGACGCCCCGGGUCGAGACCACUCAAGCCCCGGCGACUACCCUUCAGCAGACCACCCCGCGCCACCGUGGAGACUUCACCACCGCCUCCUGGCAGAGAGCCUUUGAAAACAUAGUGUUCCCACUGAGGACCUCUUAUGCUGAAGACCAUGAUGAGGAUGCAGGAGAGAGUGACAUUGACGAAGAGCACGAGAUGGAGGAGGCGGAGGAGAGAACGGUAGCAUCACAUGGCUUCCCUGUUUUUGCGCACGGAGGAAAGCACACGUCCUCCUUUGCUGAUCACAGACAUGAUGACAAAAAGACACAGACCAGGCCGGUGGUGCCAGAUAUCAGCAGCUUUGCCGAUCACGGACGUAGCAAGCCUAUGCAUACCAGGCCUGCGAUACCAGACACUGGCAGCUUUGCCGAUCGUGGACAAAGCAAGCCUACACAGACAAGGCCUGUGAUACCAGACACUGGCAGCUUUGCCGAUCGUGGAAGCAACAAACCUACCCAGACUAGGCCUGUGAUACCAGACACUGCCAGCUUUGCCGAUCAUGGAAGCAACAAACCUACCCAGACUAGGCCUGCGAUCCCAGACACUGCCAGCUUUGCCGAUCAUGGAAGCAACAAACCUACCCAGACUAGGCCUGCGAUCCCAGACACUGCCAGCUUUGCCGAUCAUGGAAGCAACAAACCUACCCAGACUAGGCCUGCGAUACCAGACACUGCCAGCUUUGCCGAUCAUGGAAGCAACAAACCUACCCAGACUAGGCCUGCGAUACCAGACACUGCCAGCUUUGCUGAUCGUGGACAAAGCAAGCCUACGCAGACCAGGCCUGUGAUACUGGACACUGGCAGCUUUGCCAAUCAUGGCCGUAACAGAAAUACUCAAAGCCGGCCUGUCAUCAAGGAACUUGACCAAGAAGUGGGCACAUUUACUGAUCAAGGACUUAGCAAAAUUACGCAGACCAGGCCUGCGAUCCCAGACACUGCCAGCUUUGCCGAUCAUGGAAGCAACAAACCUACCCAGACUAGGCCUGCGAUCCCAGACACUGCCAGCUUUGCUGAUCAUGGAAGCAACAAACCUACCCAGACUAGGCCUGCGAUACCAGACACUGCCAGCUUUGCCGAUCGUGGACAAAGCAAGCCUACGCAGACCAGGCCUGUGAUACUGGACACUGGCAGCUUUGCCAAUCAUGGCCGUAACAGAAAUACUCAAAGCCGGCCUGUCAUCAAGGAACUUGACCAAGAAGUGGGCACAUUUACUGAUCAAGGACUUAGCAAAAUUACGCAGACCAGGCCUCUGAUACCGGACACUGGCAGCUUUGCCGAUCAUGGAAGCAACAAGCCUACACAGACCAGGCCUGCGAUACCAGACACUGGCAGCUUUGCCGAUCAUGGAAGUAACAAGCCUACACAGACCAGGCCUGCGAUACCAGACACUGGCAGCUUUGCCGAUCAUGGAAGCAACAAGCCUAUGCAGACCAGGCCUGCGAUACCGGACACUGGCAGCUUUGCCGAUCAUGGGCUUAAUAGGAAUACUCACAGCAGGCCAGUAAUGAAGGAGGUUGACCAGGGCAGGGGCACUCUCACUGAUCAUGGACAUAACAGAAAUACUCAGAGCAGGCCAGUCUUGGAGGACGUUGACCGACACAGGAGCACCUCUCUUCAGCAAGGACAUAGCGAGGCAACACAGACUAGGCCUGUGGUGGUAGAAAUGGACAGAGACAGAGGCAGCUUGACUGAUCAUGAGACUAACAGAAAUCCUCUGAGCAGGCCAGUCUUGGAGGAACUUGACCGACACAGGGCCACCUCCCCUCAACAAGGACAUAGCGAGUCUACACAGAGCAGACCAAAUACGGAGGAACUUGACCGAGACAGGGGCUUCUUUACUCAACAAGAACAUAGCAAGCCCAGGCCGGUGAUACCAGAAACUGCCAGCUUUGCUGAACAUGAUCUUAACAGGAAUACUCAGAACCAGCCUGUCAUUGAGGACCUUGACCGGCUCAGGGGCACGUCGACUGAACAUGGACACAGCAAGACUAGGCCUGACUUGGAGGAAGCUGACCAAGACAGCUCCACCUUCCCUCAACAAGGAGAUCGCGAGACUUCACAGACCAGGCCUGUGAUGGCAGAAAUGGACAGGGACAAGGGCAGCUUUGCUGAUCAUGCUCGUGACAGAAAUCCUCAGAGCAGGCCUGUCAUGGAGGAGGUUGAGCGAGACAGGGUCACGCUUACCGAUCAAGGUCACAGCAAGGCUACACAGAGCAGGCCUGUCACAGAGGAAGUUGACCAGGACAAGGGCAAAGGUCACCAGCCCCGGAGACCCUCCCAGGAGCACAUCGCAUGGCCGCCUGUCGGGCCGCAGGAUCACGUCACUCCCCCGGCGGGGGAAGCAGCGGUGAACUAUGCACAGCACACCACCCACCGACCGCCGCCGCAGUGGGUUCACCAGAUCCAUACGCUGCCCCCGGCACGCAUCCCCACCACAAGCCAGCCCGCCCUCAGAGUGAAAGCAGAUGCAGGACACCCGGUGAGAAAUCAGAGCCAGGCCUUCACCAGCGUCCACGCCGAGCAGGAGAGAGAACGAGAGAGGGAGCGUGUGGAGGAGCGUGACAACUCCCUCAGCUCCCUUCCCCUCCAUAACAGCGGUGCCUUCGCCAUGAGGCAGGUGGAGAGAUGCUGCGAGGUGGGCAAGAAGUGGGCCGUCGAGCACCACCACUGCAGUGACAUGCCCACCAUGCCUGACGACAACUACAUCUUAUGUAGCGUUGUCCAGGAGCAGUGCUGCACGGGCGCCCUGAGGCAGAGCAGGUGUUUGGCUGGCAUGAGCGCUGCCAGAGGGGGGGACGCCUGCCAGGCUCCACCGGAUGGACGGCUCUGUGGAGAGGACUCCUACCAGGAGUGCUGCAGUUGCUGCUCUCUGGGCCUGCAGCUGCGGGAGGCGGGCCUCGGUUGCCACUCCCACCAGUACCUGGACUACCCCUGUGGCCACAUCCUGCUGACCUGCUGUGAGGAGGAGGAGGAGGAUGCAGAGGGCACGCUGGGAGGGUACGUGCCAGACGGACCCGCACUCAGGAGGAAGGAGAUGCCCAGGCCCACCGCCACGCCAGAGAAAGUCUCUGACAGGAAAUUCCCCAAGGAGGCCUUCUCGGCGGGCGACGGCGAGGACGCGGCCGCCAACUCGCUGGAGGAGACGGGCGGCGUGGACGCGUGCCAGACGUACGCCGCCCGUCUCUGCCACCACAUCUGCAUCAACACCUGGGGCUCGUACCAGUGCGUCUGCCGCCCCGGCCACGUGCUGCUGCAGGACGGACACACCUGUGCGCCAGAGGACUCGGAGGAGGACAAUAGAGUUCGGGAGGAAGAGCGGCCCGUCACACAAGCAACCUCUAGACUGGCGACCUCUACCGCCUCCACCACCACAACAGCCACCACCACCACCACCACCCAGAUCCCUGUCCUCCACAACCCAUGUGCAGGCAAUGGCCCGUGUGCACAGCGGUGCUCCAUAGCCGGGGGUCGUGCCAAAUGCUCUUGUUUCCCAGGAUUCUCUCUGAUGGCUGACGGGCACUCGUGUGAAGACGUGAAUGAAUGCAGGGGAGGAACACACAAUUGCUCCCGUGGGGACUUUUGUGUGAACUCGGAGGGCUCCUACCGCUGCAUCCGCCUCAACGAGAUGUGUGACCAGGGCUUCAUUCACAAUGUCAAUAGACAGUGUGUGGAUGUAGAUGAAUGCAUCACCAACACACACACCUGCAAACCCACUGAGCGGUGUGUGAACACACUGGGAGCCUUCGUGUGCGAGAGGCACAUCUCAUGUUCAUCAGGGUACCAGCCAAGGAAUGGAGUCUGUGAAGACAUCGAUGAGUGUGUGACCAGGACUCACAACUGUGGAGCGACGAUGGAGUGCAGGAACACCGAGGGAUCGUUCAGCUGCGUUCCCAAGCAGCAGCGCUGUUACACAGGGUUCACUCAGGACACGCAUGGCAACUGCAUCGACAUUGACGAGUGCAGCAGUCUGGCGGAGCCCUGCAGCUCGGGCUUCAACUGCAUCAACACGGUGGGCUCGUACACCUGCCAGCGGAAGGUGAUCAUGUGCAGCCCGGGCUACCACGCUAGUCCAGAUGGAGCCAGGUGCAUUGACAUUGAUGAAUGUCAGACGGGCAUCCACCGCUGUGGAGAGGGGCAGAUAUGUCAGAAUGUCCCUGGCAGCUACCGCUGCAACUGCCAGACGGGCUACCAGUACGACGCCAUCCGCCAGACCUGUGUGGAUGUGAAUGAGUGCUGGCGCUACCCGGGCCGCCUGUGUGCCCAGACGUGCGAGAACACGCCAGGCUCCUACCAGUGCUCCUGCACGGCCGGCUUCUCCCUGGCCUUCGACGGCAAGAACUGCGAAGAUGUGAAUGAGUGUGACACCAAUCCGUGCAGCCAAGAAUGCGCCAACAUCUAUGGCUCCUACCAGUGCUACUGCCGACAGGGCUUCUACCUGAAGGAAGACGGACACACCUGUGAGGAUAUUGAUGAGUGCUCGCAAAGCAUUGGCCACCUGUGUGCCUUCCAGUGUGUGAAUGUCCCUGGUAGCUACCAGUGUGCCUGCCCACCCAGCGGCUACACCAUGUCGCCUAACGGCCGCACGUGCAGAGACAUUGAUGAGUGUGCCAUUGGAUCCCAUAACUGCUCCUUGUCAGAGAGCUGCUUCAACAUCCAGGGAGGCUUUCGGUGUCUGUCCUUCGCCUGCCCCUCCAACUACAGGAAGGUGUCCGACACUCGUUGUGAGCGUGUGAGCUGCCUGAACGUGCAGGACUGCCAGAGCUCUCCACUGCGCAUCACCUACUACCAGCUGAGCUUCCAGACCAACAUCGUCAUCCCGGCACAGAUCUUCCGCAUCGGGCCCUCGCCUGCCUACGCCGGUGACAGCAUCAUGAUCGGCAUCACGCGCGGCAACGAGGAGGGCUACUUCAGCACACGCCGGCUCAACAGCUUCACGGGGGCCGUCUACCUGCAGCGGCAGGUGCCCGAGCCGCGCGACUUCCUGGUGGACGUGGAGAUGAAGCUGCUGAGGCAGGGCACCUUCACCACCUUCCUGGCCCGCAUCUACGUCUUCAUCACGGCCAACGCCGCUUAGAGACACUAUACACACUACACACACACACACACACACACACACACACACACACACACACACACACACACACUACCUUCCUGGCCCGCAUCUACGUCUUCAUCACGGCCAACGCCGCCUAGAGACACUAUACACACUACACACACACACACACACACACACACACACACACACACACACACACACACACACACACACACACACACUACCUUCCUGGCCCGCAACUAGGUCUUCAUCACAGCCAACGCUGCCUAGAGACACAAAGCAUGCAAAGAUACUCAGUCACAUAAUCACACACACAUUCAAACCACUUUUCACCAUACAAGCCUUCCUGCCCAUAUAAAAGGGUUUUUUGUGGCUAGUGGACCUUAAUGAACUGUAGCCAUUGAUCUGUAAUUGAAGAUAACACACAUGAAGAUAAAUCUGCACACAUAUGCACUUACACAUACCCCUGCAUAUGGCUGUUUAUCAUGCUUACUUAAUUUGAUGAAAACACUUGCACAAACACGUACACACUCUCACUCACACACACACACACACACACACACACACACACACACAUGUAAAUACAUACGCACACACACACACACACACACACACAGGCCUCUCCUGGCCCUUUUCUUGUCCAACUAAUGCUCUUUUCGGGAGGGGCCACACACAAACACAUAUACACACAGACACAUCUCCUCUGUAUGAGAGUUCUUAUCAAGGCCAAAUCUCCUUAGUGCUGAUGCACCAUUUAUAUAAUGCUGAUGAACUUUUCCUGGGCAAUAGCAACACCCUCAUUACAACCAAGGUGCCUUGACGAAAACAUACACACACACACACACACACACACACACACACACACACACACACACACACACACACACACACACACACACAUACACACACAUACAUUAAGCUCACACCUUAUAUGAAACACACACACACAUUAACUUAUGCUCACAGCUCACAUACAGCACAUCUACACACAGACACACACAGACACACACACACACGCCCACACACACACACACACAGUGUAUUUAACCUGGUGUGUGUAGCGUUUUUUCACAUGGUGCUAACCUCCUGAUUCCUGCGGGACUAAGGCUCAUUAUUGUGAUUUGUUUAGUGCAUUGUUCAGCAAUGGAAGCUGCUGACAUCUCUGCAUCUGAUGAAAGCGCCCUCUCUGCCUCGCUCAUUAUAUCCUCCUCAUUAUCCCAACACCACCCCACCCCCACCAACAAAAAUGAAGAAAAAGAUCAGGAUGCUGUCUUUUUGAUGUAACUUUUCUCUAUUUCUUUUCACUUUUUAAUCAUGAUUUGAAAGUACUUUACAGAUUGGUCUCCCACAUCAGAAUUCCAGCAUUGCUAACUCUCCACUAGUAACUUUAUUGCCACAUUCCUCCAUUCAACUCAUUUUAUUUAUGCUAGAUGAUGUUUUCAUUUGGCUCACUGUUACACCACUUCUAAUUAAUGUCUUACUAGCCAGACCAGUAUUUCACCAGCGUGUUAUUCAUUAUACCUGAAGUAAGGGUGCAGAGAGCAUUACAUGUCUAAAGUUCCCUUUCCCACUAGUACCUUUCCCUGUACUUCACAUUCAUCGCCGUCAAUACUGCACUCUUAAUUUUUACAUUAUUCCUAAGAUUGUAAUUGGUAACAUUGUCAUAAUGAUUACUUAAGAAGCAUCACACGGAUGAAUGGAUGUAUGAUAUUGUUCAAAGCUUACAGCUGUAGGGGCUUUGUCAGGCAAAUGUAAUAGCCUGUCAAUAUUUGACAUUCACACAGAGUGGAUAUGUGUGAGCUAAAUUCCAGCACUGAAGAUGUUCAUGUUUAUAGUUUAUUUUUUGUAUGUUUAACUACUUAUUUUCUUGUAUUUGGUAUUUUUUAAUGUGUAACUGUGUAGUUCAUUCUCAGGGUCAAGGUAAAUCAGACAGUCAUCAAGAAACAAACUGAUCCACUCGAAUAUUCUGCUGCAGAGAUUGCCAAUGUGUAGGACAUUUGGUUUGUGCCCUGAAACAGUAAUCAUUAAUUCUCUAAACGUAUUACACUCACAGACUCCUCAUGCCUGUGCAUAUGUUACUGUUUCAUACUUCAUUGCUUUUUGACAAAUCACCCAGUGUAUAGCAAUAAAGAAUUGACAGCCACUCUCUCAAUAAAAGACCAUAGACUCA